CGCGGGUCACGGGAAUGCUGCCGGUCUGCCGGCUGUUCUUGUUGAGUUUGGUCCUCUGUGGGCCAUGGCCAACGUCUCUAAGAAAGUGUCUUGGUCCGGCCGAGAUCGCGAUGAUGAGGAGGGGGCGCCACUGCUUCGAAGGACAGGGCAGCCUGACGAGGAGACGCCGCUGCUGAACGGAGCUGGGCCGGGCGCGCGCCAGUCUCAUUCUGCACUGUUCCGAAUCGGACAGAUGAACAACGUGGAGCUGGAUGACGAGCUCCUGGACCCGGAAGUCGAUCCUCCUCACACCUUCCCCAAGGAGAUUCCACACAACGAGAAGCUCCUCUCCCUCAAGUAUGAGAGCCUGGACUAUGACAACAGCGAGAAUCAGCUCUUCCUGGAGGAGGAAAGACGAAUCAACCACACGGCUUUCCGGACAGUGGAGAUCAAGCGCUGGGUUAUCUGUGCCCUCAUUGGAAUCCUCACAGGCCUAGUAGCCUGCUUCAUUGACAUUGUAGUGGAGAACCUGGCAGGCCUCAAGUACCGCGUCAUCAAGGACAACAUUGACAAGUUCACAGAGAAGGGUGGCCUGUCCUUCUCCCUCCUGCUGUGGGCCACGCUGAACUCUGCCUUCGUACUCGUGGGGUCUGUGAUCGUGGCCUUCAUAGAGCCUGUUGCUGCUGGCAGCGGAAUCCCUCAGAUCAAGUGCUUCCUCAAUGGGGUGAAGAUCCCCCACGUGGUGCGGCUCAAGACGCUGGUGAUCAAGGUGUCCGGCGUGAUUCUGUCUGUGGUAGGGGGACUGGCUGUGGGAAAGGAAGGGCCAAUGAUCCACUCAGGAUCCGUGAUAGCUGCAGGGAUUUCACAGGGAAGGUCAACAUCACUGAAGCGAGAUUUCAAGAUCUUUGAAUAUUUCCGCAGAGAUACAGAGAAGCGGGAUUUUGUCUCAGCUGGAGCUGCAGCUGGCGUAUCUGCUGCAUUUGGAGCCCCUGUGGGUGGGGUCCUGUUUAGCUUGGAAGAGGGCGCCUCCUUCUGGAAUCAGUUCCUGACUUGGAGAAUUUUCUUUGCUUCCAUGAUUUCCACCUUUACAUUGAAUUUUGUUCUGAGCAUCUACCAUGGAAAUAUGUGGGACCUGUCCAGCCCUGGCCUCAUAAAUUUUGGAAGAUUUGACUCAGAGAAAAUGGCCUACACCAUCCAUGAGAUUCCAGUCUUCAUCGCCAUGGGUGUGGUGGGCGGCAUUCUUGGAGCUGUGUUCAAUGCCUUGAAUUACUGGCUAACCAUGUUUCGAAUCAGGUACAUCCACCGGCCCUGUCUCCAGGUGAUUGAGGCCAUGCUGGUGGCUGCUGUCACAGCAACAGUUGCGUUUGUCUUGAUUUACUCGUCUCGAGAUUGCCAGCCCCUGCAGGGGAGCUCCAUGUCCUACCCACUCCAGCUCUUCUGUGCAGAUGGUGAAUACAACUCCAUGGCCGCAGCCUUCUUUAACACCCCUGAGAAGAGCGUUGUCAGCCUGUUCCAUGACCCACCAGGCUCCUAUAAUCCCAUGACUCUCGGCCUGUUCACCCUGGUCUACUUCUUCCUGGCCUGCUGGACCUAUGGCCUCACAGUAUCUGCUGGUGUCUUCAUCCCAUCCCUGCUCAUUGGGGCUGCCUGGGGCCGACUCUUUGGCAUCUCCCUGUCCUACCUCACAGGGGCAGCGAUCUGGGCAGAUCCUGGUAAAUACGCCCUGAUGGGAGCUGCUGCUCAGCUUGGUGGGAUCGUGAGAAUGACCCUUAGCCUGACAGUCAUCAUGAUGGAGGCCACCAGCAACGUGACCUACGGUUUCCCCAUCAUGUUGGUGCUGAUGACUGCCAAGAUUGUGGGUGAUGUUUUCAUUGAGGGCCUCUAUGACAUGCACAUCCAGCUGCAGAGUGUACCCUUCCUACACUGGGAAGCCCCAGUCACCUCACACUCGCUCACAGCCAGGGAAGUAAUGAGCACACCUGUGACCUGCCUGAGGCGGCGAGAGAAGGUUGGCAUCAUCGUGGAUGUCCUAAGUGACACAGCGUCUAAUCACAACGGAUUCCCUGUGGUGGAGGAUGUAGGAGACACCCAGCCAGCCAGGCUCCAAGGCUUGAUCCUGCGUUCCCAGCUUAUCGUUCUCUUGAAACAUAAGGUGUUUGUGGAGAGGUCCAACAUGGGUUUGGUGCAGCGGCGGCUGAGGCUGAAGGACUUCCGCGAUGCCUAUCCACGCUUCCCCCCAAUCCAGUCCAUUCAUGUAUCCCAGGAUGAGCGUGAAUGCACCAUGGACCUUUCUGAAUUCAUGAACCCUUCUCCCUACACUGUGCCUCAGGAGGCAUCUCUUCCUCGGGUGUUCAAGCUCUUCCGGGCUCUGGGCCUGAGGCACCUGGUAGUAGUAGACAACCACAAUCAGGUGGUCGGGCUGGUGACCAGGAAGGACCUAGCAAGAUACCGCCUAGGAAAGGGAGGCCUAGAAGAGCUUUCACUGGCCCAGACGUGAGGACUGGCCCCCCAGCCUUGGACAGCAGUACCCCAGCCCCUCUGCACCUCCUCCCAGGGUCCCUGAUCUCAGCCAAAGCCUUGCCCCCUAGGCAGUGCAGCAACAGGAGCAAAUGCCCUCCCUAGGCUUGGCUGGUGUGGGGGCCAGACCCUUUGUCCUGGGCAGUUGGUUUCAGCCAUCAGCACUUUCCCUAUGCCCUGACCCUCCAGGCCUCAGAGUUGCCCCACUCCUGGUUCCUUCUCCCAGGAUGAAGCGUGUGUUUUCACACCCCUGUGGCUCACUUUUGAGAGCCAAUAGAGUGUGUGUGAGAAAGACAGACGUGAGCUACUA